CAGCGCACGGGGACGGAAGUAUGGCGGCAAAACCAAAACAAACUUUCUGAAUGUGUCAACAAACUUACCGAUUUAUGAUAAAGAAAUAGAAAUCAAAAGAUCCAGACAUGGCACAUCUAUGGCAGCAUCCCUAUGUUAAUGUUUUUAAACAUUUUAAUAUUGCAUCAUGGAAGAAAUCAACCAAAGAGGGAGAAGUUUCAUCUUCAAUGGACAAAGUCAUCAAGGGCACAGUUUUUCGUGUAACUGGCUCCAUUCCUGCCGGAAACUACAUCCAGCUUCCAAAGACAACUUCACAAUCUUUGGGUUUGACAGGCCGAUACUUUUAUCUGAUGUUCCGUCCAAUUCCAUCCAAGUAUUUUGUGGUUCACCUGGACAUUGCCACACAAGAUAAUCUUGUCGUGAGGAUAUCGUUUUCAAACCUGUUCAAAGAGUUUAAGUCUACAUCAACAUGGCUACAGUUCCCAUUUGUCACCAGCCCCUUUGGAGGAUCUGUCCACUCCUCUUUCGGGAGCAGCUGUAGGGAUAACAGUGGUCCCACCCCGAUGUCUGUGAAGUGGACGGUGUUAUGUCUUGACUUCCAUUACAUACUAUCCAUGUACCUCAAUCGGAAGUUCUCGUACCUAAAGAGCAUCCGACUGUGUGCCAACAUGACUGUCAAGAAUAUCUUCACUAGCGACAUGUUGUAUGAUCCUGGUAUGACUCUGGAAGAAGCCAAAAAGAAGGGGCUGCUUGGACAUGGAAUCACACCAAUGCCAAGAGAAAUGGCAUAUCCACUUUUCAAGGGAGAUGACUGGCACGAUAAUUAUGACCUUAUCAGGUUUCCUUCUGAUGGAAAGAAGAAGCCACACGAUUCUAUCCAAACUUUAGAGACCAACAGUAACCAUGGUAACAAGAAUGACAAUGUGCGAGGACCCAGCCCCAAGCGGAUAGCCCCCCGAACAGUAGAUGUCAGUAAAUGUGUGUCUGAGAGAGUGUCCAUGAUUCACAAACUGACCAGCCCCCGAGAUAAACCACGUCGGCAGACUGUCUCGUCAGAGCUUCCAUCUGUUGGACUGGACAAUCUAUCAAUUCAGCAAGAUAAGGGUGGUGAGGUGCACAUCUUCGCUCAUCCGGAUGAGGAUCUGGUGCUGCACCACAGAGACAGACACAGAGACAGACACAGACAGGGAGAGGGUGUACACAUUGGAGUGUCUGACUCGGCUACAUACCUGCCUCCCAAACCAACAUACAAGACCUUGGAACCUGAUCCUAUCCUCAAGUUGAAGAGAAUUGUUGGUUUUGGAGGUGGCACAUACAGAGAGGCAGUCUGGACUCUGGAUGGGUCAGCGAUUAUCUACCCUUGUCAUGCUAUUGUGGUCAUCAUGAAGGUCUCCAGUGGACAGCAAAGGUUCCUGAUAGGACACACAGACAAGGUGUCAUGUCUGUCGAUGAAUGGCAGCUCCACACUGGUUGCGUCAGGACAGACUGGGCAGAUGAGCGUGGUGCGGAUCUGGAAGUUCCAGACUGGGGAAUGCCUGGCCAUGUGCAAGACUCAUGUACAUUCUCUCAGCAGUCUCAGUUUCUCACACAAAGGCAAUGUGCUCUGUGGAGUUGGCAAGGACAACCAUGGGAAAAAUAUGGUAGUGAUCUGGAACACAUCACGUGUAGCCAAGAGCAGGGAGGUGACUGUCAUGGCCAAGGCUCAUUCUGAUGUCGACAUUAGCAGAAUGAAGAUUGCAGCAUUUGAUGACACAAGGAUGGUUUCCUGUGGCGGACAACAUCCGUUGUGUCGGCGAGUGAAGGAAGGGUCGCUGAGGUCUGCGCCGGUGCAGCUCGGCGAAUACCACAACAUGGAGUUUACUGAUGUCAGCUUCGAGGCCGGCUACCAGCCAAACAAAGCCCCAGAGGAACGUAUUGUGUAUGCAAGUAGUCGGUCAGGCUACAUAUUUGAGAUUGACUACCAGAAGUUAUCAAUCAGACAUGUCAAACGUCUUCUUCCAACUGUCAAGUCAGCAAAACGAGAGAAAGAGACAUUAAAAUCAGGGACCGGUAUUGGCAUCAACAGCAUCUCGGUGAAUGAGACGUUCUGUGUGACAGGCUCUGAUGAUGGCUACCUCCGUCUAUGGCCGCUUGACUUUGCACAUAUCUACCUUGAAGCUGAGCAUGAGGGCCCUGUAACUGUGGUUGACUUGUCUCCAGACGGUCUCAAGAUCCUGGCCGGCACAGCUUCAGGCAACUUGGGCACCCUGGAUGUGUCAACCAAGAGCUACACGACUGUGAUGAGGUCUCACACUGGCCGUGUCUUUGGUGUUGCUGUUGAUCCCUACCGGAAACACCUGGCCACUGUGUCGGAGGACCACACCAUCAGAGUGUGGGAUGCAGACAGUCUACAGCAGCUGUAUGACUUCAGCUCGCCGCAGGAGUGUCCAUGUGCUAUCAGCUACCACCCAUCACGCCAGAUUGUGGCCUGCGGUUUUCAGAGUGGAGUUGUCAGAGUGUUCAAUGUACAGACUACCAGUAUCCUAGCUGAACACAGACAGCACAGAGGCAAGAUAAUUGGCCUUUCCUACUCCACAUCUGGCGACUACUUGUACAGUGCAUGUUCUUUGGGAUCUCUCGCCCUGUAUGAUGCCAGCUCCAACAGCUACAACAUCAUCCGAGUGCUUGGCAACACUGUUGCACGUGGGGAACGACAUGGUCCAGAUGCACUUGCAGUGAGCCCCUGUGGAAGACGAGUGGCUUUUAUUGGUCCCUCUGAUCUCACUGUCAGCAUUGUGGAUGCCAAGAGUCUGGACGAGGUGAUGAAGUUGGACAUCAGUAACAUAAACCCAUCGAACAGCCUGAAGACAACUCUAGACACGGCUGUCAGAGUAGCUUAUGCCCCUUACAGUGUCGGACAUCUCCUCGUCACCACGUCAGAGAACAAACUCAUCAAGUUUGAUGCCUCAUCGGGAAGGCUUUUAACAGAGGUUGAGCACAUACAUCGCAGCGGGUGUACGUCACUCACUACAACAAGUGAUGGACGCUACCUGGCUACAGCGGGGGACCGAGUGGUCAAGAUAUGGGACUAUGCAAUGAACCUUGAUAUCAACUUUCAGGUGUUCAUUGGUCACAGUGAGAACAUCUGCCGAGUGCUGUUCACCCCAGAUGGGGAAGGGUUUCUCAGUGUAGGGGAGGCACUGUACCUGUGGGACUUCCUAGCGGUCAGGCCACCAACGCCCACUGAAGGUCGGCAUGUGGACAAGGUGUAUGGAGCCAAAGAAAUAGAUGUGACAUCACAGUUGGAAAACAUGAGUCGAUCGUUCGGCGGCUCCUACACAGACCUACCCAGACAUACGCCACCCAAGCCAGCUUCGCGAGGAUCUCCUGUCAGGGUGGAGGACCUCAGCUCCAUAUACAAACACUCAAAUGGAUAUCAUGAUGAUGUAGAGUCUGUGACCUCUGACAGAGAGAUCAUUGUGAGGACCGAGGCCAUGGACAACAGGCAUGCAGACUCUGAGGAGGAGGAGAACCACCAGCAUGUGGGAAGGGGCAGUCACUCCACUCAGAUCUACCAGCAGUACCAACGCUCACAAACACACACGCCAGUCAAGAAAGGGCCCAUCACUCCAACAAGGUUUGAGAAGAAACCUCUGGUUGAAACUCGUCGUUCUCCGACUGUACAUAAACAUUUCACCAAGCGAGAAAAGGUUGCAUCAAUGGCUCAGAGGCGAUAUACCGCCCCACCCAACCAGGCUGGGUUGAAACUGAAGUCAGUGAUGGGUUACAAUGGGAAUGGUCGAGGCAAUAUGGUGUGGCAUGCAGAGACAGGCUUGUUCUUCUACACCAGUGGCUGUGUCGUCAUCAUGGAGGACCUCAACAAUGGGGAACAGAAACAUCUCAUGGGACAUGUUGAAGAAAUCUCAACCAUAGCUCUGCAAAAUGAUUGCCAGAUGCUGGUGUCAGCUAGUGGGUCGUGUGGUCUCAGCAACAGUCAGCUGUGUUUCUGGGACGUCCAGCAGCAGGUCUGUAGGAAGGUCAUCAACCACCAUGAGCAGGACGUGGUCUGUCUGGCAUACUCUCGGGAUGACAGGUUCCUCAUAUCUGUGGGUGACUACCGGGAGUGUUCCGUGGUGGUGUGGUGCACACACACCCUGUCACUGCUGGCGUCCACGAGGACAGCAUACCCUGUGUUUGACGUCAAGUGGGACCCCUACACUGUCAAUGAGUUUGCCUCUGUGGGAGAGAAGGGGACUAUCUUGUUCUGGCUGCUGGAUGAGACAACUAGCGAUGUCAGCCUCAACGUUCACGAGGCGGAGGUUCCGGAGGAGCUCCUGCAGGCACAUCAUAUGGGUGUGGGGCAGGUACAUUUCACAUCGCUGGUGUUUGCGGGUGACAGCACUCUGUAUGUAGGCAGCAACAAUGGGAAGGUGUCUGCCUGGGACACCCGCCACAACACCUGCUUCAUGCACUGGGAGGCAGACUCCUCAGAAAUAGGUCUGUUGAUCAGUCGAGGUGGUCGACUGUUGACAGCAAGUGUGGGUCGCAAUGUCCGUUUGUGGUCAGUUGUUGGGGUGGGUGAGAUGAGGCUUCCAGGCGAGAAUAGCGGGAUGAGGUCGGGACUCACCAUGGAGGACGAGAUGACACUGGACGGACCCAUCACAUGCACAGCGUUUGAUGAUAAUCUGGACAUGGGUAUUGUAGGGACAGGUGCAGGCACUCUGUGGUACAUCAACUGGUCAGAGAGGACCAGCAUCAGGCUUGUGUCUGGACACAUGAACAAGGUGAACUGUCUGGCUGUGACGGAGGGCAACCUACUAGCAUCGUGUGCUGAUGAUGGUAGUGUUCGGGUGUGGUCUGUCAAAGACCGGGAACAGGUUCUGCAGUUCCAGGUUAUGGAGCAGUCCUGCACAUGCCUGGCAUUUGCUCCCAACAAACCAGAACUGACCAUGUCCAUCUUGACCCCAUCUGACCCCAACGUCAUGUCCCACUCAAAAGUAGGUGAUAAGGCCAUCCCCUACAUUGUGGCCGGCUACAGUGACGGCACGGUGAGGAUGUACGACGUCAACAAGGUGGAGAUGGUGCUGAAGAUGCACCCACAUGCAGUGACUGUGACAGCCAUCUCCUUCUCUUCAGAUGGUCGUAUGAUCAUCUCUGGUGGAAGUGACGGCCUGAUAGCUGUAAGCAGCCCUACAACAGGGAUGACCGUGAGGGUGAUCACUGACCACAAUGGCACACCCAUCACCAACAUUGAUGUCACCUUCAAGCAGGACCAGGAUGUUGGUAUCACGGCACCACUGCUGUGGUUGGCUACUAGUGCCGACAGACGUGUCAGUGUUUGGUCAGCUGAUUGGUCGAAAGACUUCUGUGAACUGGUUGACUGGAUGACGUUCCCUGCUCCUGCAUUUGCUCCUGAUGGCUCCAUCAUAGACAAGGACGAUAAGGCCCAGUACAGCCUUCUGCCUCCCAGCAUCGCCAGGUUCUCUCCAGAGGAGACUGACCUCAUUGUGUACACUGGCUAUGGGAUGCAGAAACAUCUCCAGUUCUACAGCCUGUCUCAGAGAAAGGUUGUGAGGACCACGGCUCUCACUCACUGGGCCAACUGUCUGGAUCUGGCGGCAGACUCCUCCCUCAUUGCCAUAGGAACUAAUGAGCGCCUCUUGAAGCUGAUGGACUACUACGAAGGCAGUUUCCAGGACUUCAUCGGCCACAAUGACUCCGUCAACAUUGCUAAGUUCUCCCAUGAUGGCAAGCAGCUGUUGACGUCGGCUUACUCUGAGAUCUUCGUGUGGGAGGUCACUGUGUAAUAAGAAUGUUGUUUCCACCCAGAAGAGCAAUGGUUCUAUCCAUAAGAGCAAUGGUUCUAUUCACAAGAGCAAUGGUUCUAUCCAUAAGAGCAAUGGUUCUAUUCACAAGAGCAAUGGUUCUAUCCAUAAGAACAUUGGUUCUAUUUGCAAGAACACUGAUUCUAUGCACAGGAGAAAUGGUUCUAUCCUUAAGAACAUUGGUUCUAUACACAAGAUCAAUGGUUCUGUAUACAAGAGCGAUGGUUCUAUCCAAAAUAGAAUCUGCCUAUACACAGGAUUCUAUUCAUACAAGCCACAAUUACAGAUCUGAGCUUUUCCAGAACCAUCAUGAGAAAUAACUCGUCACAACAAGAGUGUGCAGCGUGUUCUUCAUCAGAAGAGCAGAUGAGCAGAACUCUUAAAGAUGAACAAGUGAUAGACAGUGCCACCUUGACAGCACAGAGAGUGUGACUCACACAUGUACCAUUCCGUCCAACGCACAUGCAUGUUCUUGUCAUUCCACAGUGCUCAAAAAUACUGAGUGACCAGACCUGUCACUAUCAGUUAUCCUUGUGUGCCUUUUCCAUAUAGUUUUCCCACCAUAUUCAUGGAUGAUGUGUUAUAUAGUGACAUGACGUAUUGAUUAAAUAUAGUCUACUUGCCAAAGUAGUCAUACGCUUUGUAUUUGAUAAUGAAGUGUAUACAAACUCAUGGAGUAUUAAAGAUGGGUAUCAAGUAGUGGUUAUAGAAAAUAGAUUUAUAUAAAGUAGCUAGAAUCCCUGGUCCAUUCCAUGUACAGUUGUACAGAGUUUAUGCAGGUAACUCAGUAACUUAUUAUUGUAACAUGCUGCAUUUUAUUUUUCAGCUGUAGCCAAUUGUAUAUCAGACAACUACUUCAUUUUAUACUCAGUUUGUCAUUAGCAUGUUAAAUUUGUUUUAGCUUCAUUAUUGUUUUAGAAUAAUAAAACAAUACCUGACUUA